AUGGCAUCUUCCGAACAGUGGAGGACCUUCCUCCAUCGAUGUUUGGCGCAUCGCGUAGACGUCGACGAAUUCAAAGACCUGUUCAAAUUGAUGCUGUCCCGCGCUCCUGUCAACGAAAGCGAACUGCUUGACCUGCUGCUCGAAGCUCGCGCCGCAUCUAACGUGACCUGGGAUCCCUUGCUGCCGGUCUAUCUUGACGGGCUAUGUAAGACGGGCCAGGUCAAGGCGUCGGCCGCGCUGGCUUGUCUCUUGAAGCAUUCAUCCAUCCGCCCGAAGUCGGAAGCCCUAAAGGGCAAGGUCUCGACACUCAUGACCGAUAUCAAAGUCAUUCAAGAUGUUAUGCUUUCAAUAUCCGCCGGGGUCAUCCCAACAUCGAUCGACGAGGUGGCCGACCUUUAUGCAGCAACUGUUGAAUGGAUUAUGGCCGUGGUUGCGUGGCAUAAUGCCAACCUUGACGUGUCGCAGCAAACGGGAGGUUUUUUUAGCUCUCCUGAUGCUGUGUCUUUGUUCGAGUCUCUUGGCAUUCUGCUCGCUGCACUGUCGGGCACGGCGAAGGGCCUGGAGAUGCUGUCCAGUGAUCUUCAUCAAGGCCUGAAAACCAAACUAGGCCAGGCUCUUUCAUCCUACCUGCCCCUGUGUGUUGAUGUAUCCUUACCUCUGCGGCACCGACUUGACACUUUGCAGAAGGAGUUCAAUCUAUAUGGGCAGCAACCCUCAAAGUCGUCGAACCACCCGGCAAUCGACGGCAUGAAUGUCAAUGCGCUUCAGUUCGAAUCUGGAGUGAUGGAUGGCCCGGUUAUCAAUACUAGAGCUGGCCUCUAUGUAUAUAUCAAUUCCAUGCUUGUGGGGCGUCCAUUGGUCGACGAUUCUAUAUUACUAAACUAUCUCACCAACCGCUACGAGGGCCACCAAGAAGUUCUCGUGGAGGAAAUCAUCACAGCAGCCUUUGAUGUCUUGUCCAAUGGUGUCUAUCGCAAUGAAUCCAGCCGAACAAUGUUUCUCUUUCGAUCUUUUUUAGUCAACAAGCUUCCGGCCUUCUUCGCCGCGAUGACAGCAGCAUCCAUGAUGCCAAUCCAGGUGGAGCUAUGUGUUAGCCAAGCACUCAGCCGUCUUGACCCGAAUGCUUUCCCCUCUUUCUCUCAGGUGUUCUCCAUGCAAGGAAGUAGCGUUCUUUCAGAUGCCCGCCAGGAGUUCUUGUUCGCGUGUGCGUCUCAUCGGCUGAUCCAGGAAUCAAGCAUCGAGCGGCUUCUAGGAGAAAAUCCUAUGCAGACCCUGCCCGGGGGUGGCCCUUAUCAGAAGGAUGAUCUUGUGUCCCAGAUCAACAAUAAUCCUGAACGCGCAGAGCAAUUGAUCGGCGAGAUUGAAUCGAUGGAGGGUAAUGCGGGCGCUAUCGUUGGCGCGAUCACAGAUGUCAUUUUCAAUCUUUGUAAUCAAAAAGAAACUAUGACCCUGAAAAAUAUUUGUAACUCCCUCUCGCGACGCCCGCAGACCCUGGACGUCAUCCUUCUUUUCCGAACCACAAAGCAGGUUCUACAGCCUCUUUGUGCUCUUCUUGAUUCUUGGCAUUGGGAUGAAGACCAAAGCGAGAACCAGCCUGUGUAUGAUGAGUUUGGCAGCAUCCUACUCUUGGUUCUCGCUUUCAAAUACCGCUAUGACCUGAGCCCCUCCGACCUUGGUAUCUCGAGUAACGGGUCAUUCUUGCUAAAGUUAUUGGAUCGAGGCUCAUGCAAUCAGAAACUCAAUGAGCUGAGCGAGAAGCAGAACAAGGACCUUGGUGCAUGGAUUGCGGCAUUAUUCAUCGCAGAGGGGAUCAAUGAGGAAACCAUGUCCUCUUGCAGUCCCCAGGAUUUUUAUAUGCUUGUUGCAACAUUGUUCGACCAGAGCGUCGGGGCAUGCGAGUCUGGGAAAUUGGAUUUCGAAACCUUGAAGGGUGGUUUUGAAUAUCUCCUCGAGCCCUUCUUACUGCCGUCCCUAGUCGUCGCACUGACCUGGCUCGGUAAUCAUAUCUGGGAAUCAGAAACAGACCCUACGAUUCCCUUGAAGACACUAUAUUCCUUAGUCAAGCCCAGCUCAAUCUCCGGCGAAGCACAGGCUAUCCAUCAGACUGUACUCAACAUUACUGCACGCCCUCUGGAGGAGCAACUCAAAGACGUUCGAACCAGACACCAAUCCCGCUCGGACAUCAAACCCAUACUCGAUGCCAUCGAUCCAUACCUUGCCUUCCGGCGCGUCGGCAGCUGCCACCGCUCUGAACUCGACAAUUGGACUACCCAGACGGCCGGCGGUCUGUCCGGUAGCAUUCGCAAUACCCUACAGUCGCUCGUGCUCUGGAGCACUAACUCCGAAAUUUCCUUGCAGCCGCAAGCCUACACGCACCGACAAAUUCUAGCAGGAGUGCGCAUUCUCGGUGCUGCGCGCGUCCUGGACGUCCUGCUCGACGAGUUGAAACAGCAGACGGAGGCCGGCAGCGGUGACCUGGCCCUUGACAUUGUAGCGACGAUGGUAUGUGCCCCGAUGGCGGAGUCGUUCGCGGUUGACCAGAACAUCUGCCACCCGGUCGACUCUACCAAAGAGGCAUUGCCUCGCUGCUCCAUACUCUCCCUGCGCGACGCCCUGGCCCUGCGGCACGAGAACGUUCCCAAGGUCUCGGAGCAGGACCCCCUGCGUGCGGAGGUCAUCGUCCGCCUCUGGCGACGAGUCAGCAUUCUCGCCGCUCCGCCGUCGCAAGUCUCCAAUAUCGACGUCAGCAACAUAAUCCAGAAUAUGGAUCUCGGCGUCGACGGCCAGGACCGGAUGGACUUAGAACCGACGGCGGGUGGAGUCGGCGACGAAGAUCCAGAUAAUAUCAACCAGAUGUUGGACAAGGCUGCCGCUGCGGCCGCAGCUGGCAUGGAUAGCAGUGUUGGUGUGGACGUGGGGCAGGACAUGGGGCUUGGUGCAGAGGGUGGUGGCAUGGAUGCUAUCGACGAUGUGCUCAACGCGGCGGAUAUGGCCGUGGGGAAUCCGGAGUUCUUGGACUUGGACAUGGAAGGAAUGUUUUGA